AUGUGGGCACAUCUAAGGCAACGUGCUCGGAUCGGAGCUGUGCGGGACAUUUGCAGGCAGUACCCGCUGCUGUGCUUCAGUCUACUCACUCUGUCCCUGUCCACCCUCCUACUGCUCAGAUAUCUGCACAUUCUUAUGAUCUUCUGGUCAUUUCUUGCUGGAGUUGUCACAUUAUACUGUUCACUGGAACCAGAUUCUCUCCUACCUAACAUUCUAUUUAAUAUCAAAUACAAGCAAAAGCAACCUGAACUUCAAGAACUUUUCCCACUAGGACAUAGUUGUGCUGUGUGUGGCAAGGUUAAAUGUAAAAGACAUAGGCCUACUUUACAGUUAGAAAACUAUCAGCCAUGGCUUGAUUUGAAGGUUCCCUCAAAGGUUGAUGCAUCUCUAUCAGAGGUAUUUGAACUGGUGCUGGAAAACUUUGUUUAUCCAUGGUAUCGUGAUAUUACUCAAGAUGAGUCUUUUGUUGAUGAAUUGAGACUGGCCCUUAGAUUCUUUGCAUCUGUUCUUGUGCGAAGAAUACAAAAGGUGGAUAUGCCAUCUAUAAUUACAAGAAAAUUGCUAAAAGCUGCAAUGAAGCACAUUGAAAUAAUUUCAAAAGCAAAACACAAAGUGAAAAACUCUGAGUCCCUGCAGCAGGCAGCCUUGGAAGAAUAUGGGCCUGACCUUCAUGUUGCAUUGAGAAGCCGCAGAGAUGAGCUUUGCUACCUCAGAAAUCUUACUGAGCUGCUUUUUCCUUUUAUUCUACCUCCUAAAGCAACAGAUAGCAGACCUCUUACAUUGCUGGUGAGAGAGAUUCUCUCUGGAUCUGUGUUCCUGCCCUCAAUGGAUUUCCUUGCCGAUCCAGAUAAUGUGAAUCGCUUACUACUCCUUUUCAUGGAUGACAGCCCUCCAGAACAAGCAACAGAACCAGCCUCUAAUUUAGUUGCAUUUCUGCAAAAGUUUUCUGAGCCUAAGAAUAAGAAUCCCUCGGUUCUGAAGCUGGAGUUGAAAGAAAUCAGGGAAGAGCAGGACCUUCUGUUCCGGUUUAUGAACUUUCUAAAACAAGAGGGAGCUGUCCAUGUACUACAAUUUUGUUUGACAGUGGAGGAAUUUAAUGACAGGAUUUUAAGACCAGAGUUGUCUGAUGAGGAAAAAUUCUCCCUUCAUGAGGAAGUGAAGAAAAUCUAUCAAACCUAUUGUCUGGAAGAAAGCAUUGAUAAAAUCAGAUUUGACCCGUUUAUUGUGGAAGAAAUACAACGAAUUGCAGAAGGUCCUUAUAAAGAAGUGGUAAAACUCCAAACUAUGCGUUGCCUGUUUGAAGCCUAUGAACAUGUUCUCUCCCUUCUUGAGAAUGUUUUCACACCAAUGUUUUGCCACAGUGAUGAGUAUUUUAGGCAGCUUCUUGAAGGUGCAGAGUCUCCAACACGCAGCUCAAAAUUUAACAGAAAUAGCCUAAGUUUGGAUGAUAUACGGACUACACAAAAAAGAGGAGGAGAACCAUCUGGCAUUGGAAAAAUUGGCAGUAAAAUAAAAGGAGUCUUCAAGAGCACAGCCAUGGAAGGGGCUAUGCUACCUAGUUAUGCCUUGGCAGAGGGAGAUGAUUAUGCUAUUGAAGAAGGUAUUGUGGUCUUAGAAGAUGAUUCGCCUGUGGAAGUUCUCUCUGCAACUACUCCCAACACACCUCGUAAUCUUUCUGCAUGGAAAAUCAGUAUCCCUUAUGUGGACUUCUAUGAUGAUUUUGAAAAAAGAGAUCGAAAAGAGAGAAUACCUGUUUUUUGUAUAGAUGUUGAAAGAAAUGACAGAAAAGCAGUUGGACAUGAAGCUGAACACUGGUCUGUCUACAGAAAGUACAUAGAAUUUUAUGUUCUGGAGUCAAAGCUCACGGAGUUCCAUGGUACAUUUCCUGAUGCUCAACUUCCAUCAAAAAGGAUCAUUGGCCCCAAAAACUAUGAAUUUUUAAAAUCCAAAAGAGAGGAAUUUCAGGAAUAUUUACAGAAACUAUUACAGCAUCCAGAGCUUAGUAACAGCCAAUUGUUAGCAGAUUUCCUGUCACCUAACAGCCUGGAAACACAGUUUCAUGACAAGAUCCUUCCAGAUGUCAACCUUGGUAAAAUGUUCAAGUCUGUGCCAGGCAAAUUAAUCAAAGAGAAAGGACAACACUUAGAACUCUUCAUUAUGAACUUCAUAAACUCAUGUGAAUCCCCAAAACCAAAACCAAGCAGACCGGAAUUGACUAUACUCAGCCCCACUUCAGAAAACGAUAAAAAGCUUUUUAAUGACUUAUACAAGAAUAAUGCCAACCGAUCUGACAACACAGAGAGAAAGCAUAACCAGAAUUGCUUCAUAGAAGUUAUGACUGUGGAAGGGGUUUAUGACUAUCUUAUGUACAUAGGCCGGGUUAUUUUCCACAUCCCUGACUGGUUUCAUCACCUGUUAAUGGGAGGAAGAAUCCUGUUUAAAAACACACUUGAAACCUACACAGACCACUACCUUCAAUGUAAACUAGAACAACUUAGUCAAGAGCAUCGGCUAGUAUCACUGAUUACACUUCUUAGAGAUGCUGUGUUUUGUGAAAGUACAGACCCGCGAACAACAGCAGUUAAGCAAAAGCGGGCUAAACAGACGUUUGAUGAAAUGAUGAGCUACAUUCCAGAUUUAAUAGGAAAAUGUAUGGGUGAUGAAGCCAGAUAUGAAGGCAUUCGAUUGCUCUUUGAAGGUCUGCAGCAGCCAGUACUUAACAAACAGCUGUCUUAUGUUCUACUAGAUAUUGUAAUGCUUGAGAUAUUCCCAGAACUCAACAAGGUACUGUAUAAAGGUUCUUAUGCAUGUAUUUAA